AUGAGCGGCCACGACGGGCGCACGAAGGGCAAGCGCAUUCGCAAGCCGCAGGCCGGCAAUUCCAACUCCAAGGCCCGAUGGAAGUACCUGAGCGCAGACGUCUCGGACGUCGUCGACAAACCAGCGGCCAAGCUCCGAGCGAAGGCCCGUAGGAAGUCUAGCGUCAAACCAGGACCAACGAUAAAGGGGGCGCUCAAACUCGGCUACGACAUCGACGGCGACGGGUUCGUGGACGUCCGCGAGAUGCGCCUCGCGAAGUUCCUGGACGCGAUGCUACUCGAUCGACGAAAAGACCCCCUUGAUGAAGGUCCUGAGCCAACUGAAGCCGAUUUGUUAGCAAUGCGUCAAGGCGCUGGCCGGCUGCUUAUUGCAAAGGAAUUCGUGGAGCGCAACCACGAGCGACUUUGGAGAUACGGCUCCAUCUUCACGGGCAUGAACGACGAGCAGGCAGCCCAGUUCAUCGCGACCCACAAAAACUUCAAGAAGCUCAUGCCGUUCCUCGAGAGCACGGAGCGCAACCGCACUGUGCGCUCGUCGCACCAAAUGCGCUCGUGUAUUCAAGGCGACAUUGCAGCCGACGCGUUAACGGCCCCCACCUCGUCGGCCGAGCGGCAAACGUGGGUGGAGACGACUCGAAAGCUGCGCAGUUCGUCGUUCACCAAGCACCCGCUACCGGAUUUGCAACCGAAGAAGAAGUUCCCCAAUCUGGCAGCCAGCGUGAGCAGCCCCGAGGUAUUCUCCAACGCCUACGGAGCCAUAGACAUCGACGGAGACGGCAUCGUGGACGACGACGAAAUGAAGAUGCACCUGCGUCUGCAGGAGGCCACAGGCAGCAGCAACAACCGCGACGAGGUGAAGGCGCGCCACCUCCAGCAGAUCCAAGGGCGAAAGAUGAUGGUGGCGGACUUCGUGCAGCGCAACGCCGGCCAGAUGUGGCUCUACGACGAGAGCUUCCGCUACAAGUCCACGGACCAGAUCGUGGACGAGAUAGCAAGUGGCGCCGGAUUUGCCACGGAAUUCAACCGGCUGCGCGCCAAGGAGCGGCUCGUGAAGCUCAAGUCCUCGCUGGGCGUGUCUGGCUGCAUCGUACAGCUGCCGCCGGCGGAGCUGCCCGUGGACCCGACCAACGCGCUCGAGUUCCGCCGGGUGAAGGACCGCUCCGAGCUGCUCAUGGCGCGCAAGGAGCUGCUGAAGCCGCUGCAGCAGCGCCGGGGGCUCGCCAUGCCCGGCGGCGAUUCCGCCGGGCCGCUGCGCUACCGUCCACGAGGCAUCCGCGAGGAACAGGGCGACAUGGGGCGCUCCAAGAGCGACGGCAGCUUACUCAUUGGCCUGCCGCGGAUCUACGACACCCCCGUGAAAAUCGAGCCCGUCGGUACAUUUUCCGUUACCAAGUGGCGCCUAGAUGCCAAUUAA